AUGCGGGAAAUUCCUGUAGCCAAGGAGGUUUCAGUUGUGGGUUGGGUUCGUCAUGUGCGUGAUUAUAAAGACGUUAGUUUCUGCUCACUUACCGAUGGCCUCAGUGAACAUCUUCUUGAGAUUGUGGUUCCUCAGAAGUUGAAGCAUGUCGACUUGCACACUGGCUGCGCAGUAAAAGUUUCAGGUAUAUUUAAUUCAAAAACCUCCUGUCAGAACGCCUUUCACGUAGACGCAGAAAAAAUCGAAGUGGUGGCAUCCUGCGAUUUAAAGGAUUAUCCUUUCGCAAUGAAGAAGCGUCACCCUCCCGAAUAUCUGCGUCUGACGCCUCAUUUGCGACCGAGAACUACAAGUUUUGCUGCAUUUCUGCGAGUUAGGAGCAAGACCAAGUUCUUGCUGCAAAAUUACUUGCAGAACAAGAAUUUCGUUUUAAUUGACUGUCCUAUCCUAACUGGAAAUGAUUGCGAAAACGCUGGAGAGGCCUUUCCAAUCAGUCAAAGAUUUGCUUUCGAGAAAUUUCACGAAGACAACAAGUCCAUUAAUAAUGAUGGAAAUAUCUCGCCCUACUUUGGUCACCCUGUGUAUCUGACGGUUUCCGGUCAGUUUCAUUUAGAAGCUGCAGCAUGGUAA